AUGAGCGAGACGAGAGAGAUGAGCGAGACGAGAGGGAUGAGCGAGAUGAGAGAGAUGAGCGAGACGAGAGAGAUGAGCGAGACGAGAGAGAUGAGCGAGACGAGAGAGAUGAGCGAAACGAGAGAGAUGAGCGAGACGAGAGAGAUGAGCGAGACGAGAGAGAUGAGCGAGACGAGAGAGAUGAGCGAGACGAGAGAGAUGAGCGAAACGAGAGAGAUGAGCGAGACGAGAGAGAUGAGCGAGACGAGAGAGAUGAGCGAGACGAGAGAGAUGAGCGAAAUGAGGGAGACGAGAGAUGAGCGAGACGAGAGAGAUGAGCGAGACGAGAGAGAUGAGCGAGACGAGAGAGAUGAGCGAGACGAGAGAGAUGAGCGAGACGAGAGGGAUGAGCGAGACGAGAGAGAUGAGCGAGACGAGAGAGAUGAGCGAGACGAGAGAGAUGAGCGAGACGAGAGAGAUGAGCGAGACGAGAGAGAUGAGCGAGACGAGAGAGAUGAGCGAGAUGAGAGAGAUGAGCGAGACGAGAGAGAUGAGCGAGACGAGAGAGAUAAGCGAAACGAGAGAGAUGAGCGAGACGAGAGAGAUGAGCGAGACGAGAAGGAUGAGCGAGACGAGGGGGAUGAGCAAAAUGAGGGAGACGAGAGAUGA